AUGGAAUCCGAAAAAGUCCAAGUUAUCAUCUGCGGUGGUGGCUCAGCCGGUCUCACAGCAGCCGUGCUUCUAGCCCGUUUUGGAAUCUCUUUCAAGAUCCUCGAAAAACGGCCUGGGCCACUAGAGAUUGGUCAAGCAGACGGUGUUCAGUGUCGCACUGUUGAGAUUUUUGAGAACUUGGGUAUCUCUGCCCGGCUAUUGGAAGAAGCAUAUCAUGUCAGAGAAGUAGCCUUUUGGUCACCGAGUGAUGCAGACGGUACAUUGAAGAGGAAGGAUCUCGCUUAUGACACUGAAGAGGGGUUGAGUCAUCAGCCACAUGUUAUUCUCAACCAAGCGAGAAUCAAUGAUUUAAUGCUACAGGAGAUCAUUCGGCUGAGAGGGGAUGGGACAAGCGGAGUCUUGUACGAUUCGCAAGUCGAGAGUGUCGAUAUUGUGGAUUGCGGGGGAGAGUAUCCUGUCCAAGUUGUUGCUAGCCACAGUGGGGGAACACUUCGCUACCGAGCCAAGUACGCUAUCGGCUGUGAUGGUGCUCAUAGUACAGUCCGAAAGGCUCUGGGCUUCAAAAUGGUUGGCGAUUCCAGCGACUCAGUCUGGGGAGUCAUGGACGUCUACCCAAUCACCAACUUUCCCGACAUUCGUAAAAAGGCCAUGCUCAUCAGUAAAAAUGACGGAAACCUAAUGAUCAUCCCUCGAGAAGGUGAUGAACUUGUCCGGUUCUACAUCGAACUACCUGGAACUACAGCCCGAGACGUCACUGAACAAAGCCUCAUCAACAAGGUCAAGCGAAUAUUCGCACCUUAUGACAUUGAUGUCGCCCAUACGGCGUGGUGGUCGGCAUACGUAAUUGGUCAACGUCUCGCUGAUCACUUCACCAAAGACUACCGGGUCUUUUUGACAGGUGAUGCGUGCCAUACUCACUCACCCAAGGCUGGUCAGGGUAUGAACGUCAGUUUACAAGAUGGCUUUAACAUUGGAUGGAAAAUGGCUCAUGUCCUUACCGGCAGAGCACCACCUUCGGUACUGGAGACAUACGUUCUUGAGCGACAACAAACAGCAGAGAAGCUUAUCGAGUUCGACCGCUCGUUCAGCAAACUGUUCUCCUCCGACUAUCGGAAACAGAAUGGUAUCACAGCCCAAGAUUUCCGAGAUAAGUUUGUCGAAGCUGGGCGCUACACUGCUGGUAUGGCUACGAAGUACGAGCCUUCAAUCCUCACAUGCAUCAACAAGAAUGAUGAGAGUAUUGCGUCCAGUUUGAUUGUGGGUAUGAGGUUUCCAAGUGCGCCGGUUGUGAGACUUUCCGAUGCGAAGCCAUUGCAGUUAAACAGUGUCCUCGCUGCGGAUGGGCGAUGGCAUAUCUUGACCUUUUGCUCUGGAGAUGCUAUCAAGGAUACAUUAUCCCAGGUUGCCUCGGAGCUCGAGCAUCUCAUCAAGAAGUUUUCUCCAUCUACAGGCACUGCGGAUAAGGUUUUCAACAACACCUUGGUCAUCAAAGCAGAUCGCAAGACGAUCGAGAUUGACCAGCUACCAGAAGUCUUCUUUCCCAAGUCGGGCCCGUUCUCUUUGCGGAAUGUUCAUAGGGUCUUUGUCGAUGACUCAAGCCCCUACAUGCUGGGUUGUGGUGAAGCUUUCUCCAAGUAUGGCAUCAAACCCGAGCAAGGUGCCAUUGUUGUCAUUCGACCUGACUUAUAUGUCUCUCGUGUUCUCAAUUUGACGAAAGCAAAUGAGCUCUCCUCAUUCUUCAAAGGAUGUCUCAACAGUGCAGAAUAG